AUGAAUGGAACCCCGCGCUUUUCGCUCCUUUCUCAACAGAUUCUCGCCCCCAUUCUCUUCGAUUCAGUUUUCAUUCGUUUCUAUCUCUUGCCUCCUUUCCUUCUCCAAUACUGGAUUGGUUCGGGGAUUACUCCUCCAGAUCACAUCCCCCCAGAAGCUCUACCUCUAACCUGUACCCUUCACCUUCAUCAGCUGAUGCCAUAUGCCCUCCAACGACUCGUCUUCCAUCACGCUUGAAUUUCAAAACCCUUUGCGUUUUCGUCAACUUUGGGCUGGGUCAACCUUUUCGUCUGCCUUUCAUGCUUUUUUGAUUGGUUUUCAAGGCUUGUUUUUUUUUUUUUUUUUUUUGGGUGAUUGGUCUUUGCCUUAUAAUGGUGGGAAUUGGGUCGUUCUCCUAGGGUUUUUUCUUGUUUUUUAUUGCUUUUUAUAUGGUUGGUGAUGAGGAAUUUGGGUUUCUGAGCUAAGAAGUGUGAGUGUUUACUGAUAUAAAUAAAUAGUUUAAUUUUAUUGGGGCCGUUGUUUACGUAUAUUUCUUCUUCCUUUUUUUUUUCUCAAGUCAAUAUUGGAGGGAGUGGGGCUGGCGUAUUUGCAUUUUCGUUUCUUUCUUUUUUUGGAUUGAUUGAUGUUUUAUCCUUGGAAUGUUUUGGUCAGGGUUUGGAUUUUUUUUUUGCUCAUUUGAGCACUUAACUUUGCGGGUUUGAUGCAAAAUUCAUCGUUCUGAUUUGAUAGGGAUGAAAAUUCAGAUUCUUUUUUUAGAUUUUCUUUCCAUGAUUUCGAACAAGCCCCAGUGAACUGGGCUUUGCUUGCUUUCGAUUUUUUUUUCUAGGAUUUAAGAUUUCCAGCAAUCUGGUUGCUUACAAUAUUGGUUUAUUUUAUUUGAGAUUCUAAUGAUGGAUUUGAAAACCACGGAGGAAAUUGGAGGAGCUAUGAUUGCUGAGAAAUCGGAUUGCAAAGAAAGCAGUACGGGCUCGAAGGUGAAGGGUACAGGAAGCCUUAGUAAUAAAGAUAAGAUUUUUAGAGCGGAUAAAAUUGAUCUGAAAAGCUUGGAUAUACAGUUGGAGAAGCACUUGAGUAGGGUUUGGUCGAGAAGCAUCGACUCCCAAAGGCCUAAAGAAGAGUGGGAGAUAGAUUUAUCUAAAUUGGAUAUAAAGCAUGUUGUGGCUCAUGGGACAUAUGGUACAGUCUACCAGGGUACUUACGAUAACCAAGAUGUUGCAGUGAAGGUAUUAGACUGGGGAGAGGAUGGCAUUCCCACAACUGCUGAAACUGCUGCUUUGCGGGCAUCAUUUCGGCAAGAGGUUGCUGUUUGGCACAAGCUUGACAAUCCAAAUGUUACGAAGUUUAUUGGAGCUUCAAUGGGAACCUCAAAUCUUAAGGUUCCCACUCAGAGCCUUCCGCUUGCUGGUGACAGGUUUCCUACUCGAGCAUGUUGUGUUGUUGUGGAAUAUCUCCCGGGUGGGACGCUAAAACAGUACUUGAUAAGGAAUAGGCGCAAAAAACUGGCCUUUAAGAUUGUAAUUCAACUUGCCUUGGAUCUCUCCAGAGGUUUGAGCUACCUGCAUUCCAAGAAGAUUGUGCAUCGUGAUGUCAAAAGUGAAAAUAUGUUACUAGAUGCACAAAGAACGUUAAAAAUUGCUGAUUUUGGUGUUGCUCGUGUUGAAGCUCAAAAUCUAAGGGAAAUGACCGGUGAAACUGGUACUCUUGGGUACAUGGCCCCAGAGGUCCUCGAUGGCAAGCCUUACAAUAGAAGAUGUGAUGUCUACAGCUUUGGCAUAUGUUUAUGGGAAAUCUACUGCUGUGAUAUGCCUUAUCCAGAUCUUAGCUUUGCUGAAGUUUCAUCAGCAGUUGUUCGACAGAAUUUGCGGCCAGAAAUCCCCAGAUGUUGCCCGAGUUCUCUAGCAAACAUAAUGCGAAAAUGCUGGGACGCAAAUGCAGAAAAACGGCCCGACAUGGAUGAGGUGGUGAAGAUGUUGGAAGCAAUUGAUACAAGCAGAGGAGGAGGGAUGAUACCUGAAGACCAGACUCCAGUCUGUUUCUGCUUCAGCAAUGUCCGUGGUCCAUAAUUUUCUCGUCUUGUCUCAUUUGUUUAUGUCUUUCAUGUUAAACGUUGAGAUUUUCAUUUGAUUCCUACUCCUAGUAUGCAUAUUUUCCAACUGUCAAGGACAUGCUUCGACAAUGCAUAAAUGAAGAAAAUUGGCCAAAGUGAUUAAGAAACUUUA